CGAUAAACAGUUUUGGUAACACUUACUGUUUUAAAAGACUGCUGAAAUUAUAAAAAAAAGAAGGACAAGGAAAGAAAAGAGGAUGGAGCAGAUGUGAAAUUAAUAUUGUAAUAAUAUUGAUGCACCGAAUUUCUGUACCAUGGAAGCUGAUAAUCAUGAAUCAGAUAUGUGUGUGCCAACAAUCAAAGAAGAAAUCCCUGAUGCUGAUCUUGAUUGUAAUAUGGAACAACACUUUGAAAAAGUGGAAGGCAUGCAAGCAGUCCUCAAUGAGGAUGACUUGGCAAGAAUGGCACAAAAUCAAGAGCUCCUUAUCAAAACAGAACCCCAAAUCUACAGCUGUGUGUCUAUGAAGAAGGAACAAGAUGUGGGUUCUAACCAGGACACUAUGUUAGAUAUUACAGGAUUUUAUAUUCAAGGUUUUGAUGCUAAGGGAAUACUAGGAAUGCCUGCAGCAGACCAUGUUGGAGAUGGAGAUGGAGAAGCUUUGGUGAAAAAGCAUUCCGAUGCAAAGAAGAGAAAACAAAAAAUACCCAAAACAACUCAUCAGAAAGUUACGCAGAAGAGAGGAAGGAAACCCAAAUCACAGAAAAGGGACACCAGUGCUGUGAACAGUGAAAGGAAAUCAGUGAGACAGGCUGCCAAAACAAAAAGAACAAAAACUGCUUCGAGUGAUGUGGCAAAACAGAAAACAACAAAAACAACCAAAAGUAAACAAAAAACAAUUACUAGUAAACAAACUAUGAAAAGGAAAAGGACAAAAUGCACUUCAAAAACAAAUAAAACAGAUCCGUCAAAUAGGGAAGAAAUAGCAUCAAGUGCAGUUGAAAAUGGAAAGGAAAAUAUGGGAGCGUUAGUGAAACCUGGAUUGAAAAGUACUAGAAAAAAAGCACAAGUUGAUCAUGUAUGUGAGUGUGGCAAACAGUUCCAAAGCAAAGGGGCACUUUCGCGUCAUAAAAAGAUUCACUUAGAUGAACGUCCGUUCCAGUGUUCAUACUGUAAAAGACCCUUCCUCAGAAAGGCUGAUCUUCAGAGGCAUGAACGCAUUCACACAGGAGAGAAGCCGUUCCAGUGCCAGAUAUGUGGUCGAGGGUUUCGGCUGAAAAGUCACUUACAGCUGCAUGUUAAUCAUCACUUGGGAACAAAGAAUUUUGCCUGUCAGUUUUGUGGGAAGCGUUUUGUGCAGAAAGGGCAGUGUGUCAGCCAUGAGAACACACACAAGGAGAUGAAGCCACUGGAUGGACUUCCAACAGGGAGGCUCUUCUAUCUCUGCCAGUUCUGUGGGAAGACAUUUGCAUGUUUGAGAAGUGUGCUAUGGCAUGAGAAAGCACACAAAAAAAUAGACAUGGAAAAGUACUGCUGUAGAAUAUGUGGGAAGGGUUUCCGUGCCAUGCAGGAUGUGUUGAGACAUGAGACCACCCAUAUCCCAAUAGAAGACAAGCCUUUUAGGUGCCAGUACUGUGAUAAGGCAUAUGGACGCAGGGAUCCUCUAAUCGAACACGAGAGAAGGCACACUGGUGAAAAAGCAUACAAUUGCAGCAAAUGCAGUGAGGCUUUUGUAACAAGAAAUGCUCUGUAUCAUCACAUAAAAGUCAAUCAUGACCAGAAAAAAACCAAGAUAUUGUGUAAAGGCUGUGGGAAGGGAUUUUAUGAUAAAUAUUAUGCCAGGUUGCAUGAGAAGUCCCAUUUAGGUGUCAAACCAGAGCACUGUAUGCAUUGUGGGAAGGGAUUUUUACGAAAACACACCAGAGAACACCAUGAGAAAAACUGCAAAGUUCGAGCUGAUGUGAAUCAUGGGAACCAGUUGCCGUGUUGUAGGUUCUGUGACAGGAAGUUUCAAAAUGAAGUAAAGCGUGAUCGCCACGAGAAAAAAAAAUUGUGUAGCCUUGAAGCAAAUUCUCUAAAACCAGUAGAAGUGAGUAGUGGAUAGUGGAUGUUUUAGUCUUUUUUUAAAACUAAAUAAUGUAUAGAUAAACAAAGGAUGCAGACAAGUAAUAAUUAAAUUUUAUUAUAUGUAGAGAUAUGCUUCUGCAAAGAAUGUUGGGUGCUUCAAUUUUAUUUGUAUGUUUAAAUAAGCAAUUUGCAAUGUAUCUAUGAUUGCUACUCAGAGUAGGUGAAAAAACAUUUUUUAGGGUGGUCACAGUUGGGUUAUUUUCAUUAAAAGAUCUGGGCUCAGUAACUCGAAAGCAACAAAGCGCAAGCAUGGAGAUUCGCCUCUAUUCCAUGACUCGGGAUUAACUAGCCCCAUAUAAUAGCCUCAAAAUGAAAGGUGAUAUGGCUAUCGCAAUUAUUGAUGCAUUUGAGUUAUGGAGCCCUGUUCAGAAUCGCCUAUUAUUAUUUACUUUGUAUAGAGUGCAAGAAAAUCUUGUAGUCAAAAUUAUGUCUUUGGUGCUAUUUUUUUUACAUUAAAAGUUUUGAGUUUCUGCUAGUCAAGAGAUUGCCUUGUAUACAUUUGCAAUAAACAGCUUAGGAUACAUUAGUGUCAUUGGGCAUUGCUUUUUGUGUAUUGGUCAUGCAUUGGAGUAACAUUUGGUAAUGGAAUCAUAUAAACUAUUUCUUGUUUAACAAACAAAUUGUGAUAAAUAGAGAGAGAUCUGAUUCAGAUCCCUACCAGCUCUACAUUAUCAUAAAUGCCUGCUUAUUUAAUUGAUCUCUUAUUAAUAAAAAAAAUGAAAAUGUAGAAGCUAAAACGCAUCAGAUCUACUUGGCCAUUUCAGCCUUAAAAUUGGUUGUAAAUCUUUUAGGCCAAAUAUUUUAAAACUUAAAAGUCUAGUUAACCUACGAUAAAUCAGUCUAGACAACCAAUUUUAAUGAAAGAUGGGAUGGGGCUUAUACCCAGAAAAAAUGCUGCUUAUGUAACUUUCAGACUUUUAUUUUAUGUAAGUGAACUAGUUUAUCCCUUACUGAAGCAGACAAAAUGUUUGGUCCACAAUUUCUGAAUGAGUUUAUCUUUUGAGCCCAAGUUCUUUUGCCAAACCACUUUAGAAGUUUGUGUGUGUUUAUGUGUGUGUGGGGGAUCAAAGCUGUGCAGAAAUUCCUGCAGAAAGAAAGUGUUGCUGGAUCCAGAGCCAGGAAACAGUUUGUUAAUGAACAGUGCUGUUUGUUGAAAUUACAAAUAAUUAUCAUACAAGUCGUACAAAGAACCAUGUCAACAGACGUUUUUAGUCCAAAAAAAUUCAUUUUUAGUCAAAUCAGAUUUUUUUAAAA